AUGGCGUUUAGUCUUGAGCCUCGUACUUCACCUCACUCCAGGUUUUCCGGGUCUCUUUGCCUCAUCUUGCAGAUGUACAGCGCCAGGUUUGACUGGGCCGGCCACGCUUUCCUUGCGUCCAAUCAAGUACCUGGUUGGGGAUAUAAUUGGAAUCUGUUCUGGAUGUGUGGCUUAUCCAUUUCACUUGUGUCGAUUGAUUUGCCGGCUAAUCGGGGUUUCUCGGCAGCGUUCCCAGAGUUGCUCGUAAGAGAUCAUCUCGAGCCAGAAGAUACGCAGAAUACGGCGACAGCGGUUGAAGAAAACUUGGAGCCGGAGACUUACACAAAUUGA